AUGCGCGGAAACAAUUGUUUCGUCUGGGACGAGAAGUGCGAGGAGGCAUUCGAACAACUCAAACAGUAUCUUACAACUCCUCCCGUGUUAUCCAAACCCGAAGUCGGUGAUACGCUCUCUCUCUAUAUCGCCGUAUCCUCGACCGCAGUCAGCAGCGUCCUCAUCCGAGAGGAUCGAGGAGAGCAGAGGCCUAUCUUCUACACGAGCAAGCGAAUGACUGACCCAGAAACUCGAUACCCCACCCUCGAGAAGAUGGCCCUCACCGUUAUCACGUCAGCAAGAAAGCUCCGCCCUUACUUCCAGUCGCACACGAUUGAUGUACUAAUGAAUCAACCGCUCCGAACUGUAAUGCAAAACACAAAUCAGUCCAGACGGCUAUCGAAGUGGGCUAUCGAGCUCAGCGAGCACGACAUUGUGUUCAAGAAUCGAACAGCUUCAAAAUCUCAAGUCCUCGCUGACUUCCUAAUCGAGCUCGCGCCAGAACUCGAGCAAGACCUAAUCCUUCCAAGUCAAAAUUGGAUUCUCCACGUCGACGGAUCUUCGACAAACAAAGGAUCAGGAGCUGGGGUCCAGCUGCAAUCACCAACAGGAGAACUAAUCACGCAGUCGUUUAGCUUCGGCUUCGCCGCUUCGAACAACGAAGCGGAGUACGAGUUCCUGAUUGCAGGACUGCGACUCGCUAAGGCAGUCAAGGCAAAACGCCUCAGUGCGUACUGCAACUCGCCACUCGUUACCAGUCAUUUCAGUGGAGACUACGAUGCCCGCAACGAGCGAAUUGAUGUAUACCUUAAAAUCGUUCAAGCACUCGCCAAAGACUUCGAAUUCUUCGAACUCACCAAAGUCCCCAGAGGAGAGAACGUGUGUGCUGACGCCCUCGCUGCCCUAGGUAGCAGAUUGCGCGAUCAAGUGAAACGGACAAUUCCUAUCCACAAGAUCGACGAACCAAGCAUCGACCUCCCCCCUAAUGAGAUGACUAUCAUAGCACCAAUAACCGAAGCCAUCCCCAUGGACCAAGAUCCCGAAGCGGAUCCGACCGACGCCACCGACUGGAGGACAGAACUUAUUGACUACUUGGCCGAUGGGAAGCUACCUUACGAAAAAUGGAUUGCAAGACGACUCAAGACAAGGAGUGCCCACUACGUUGUCCUGGAUGGAGAGCUCCAUCUAUGGACCGCAACCAAGGUGCUUCUGAAGUGCAUCAACGGUGAGGAGACGCACCUUGUCAUGGCAGAAACGCAUGAAGGCGCCGCAUGA